AUGGCUCCUAAAACCCGUUCUUCCCGCGCCCCUUCCCGCAACGCCUCCCGUCCCUCCACUCCUCUAGAUACGUUUUCACUAUUUCCUUCUUCAUCCGUCUCAGAGGCGACAAGGCCUAGGAAACAACGAAAAUCUGCCCACAACGCACGUGGCGCUACGGAUUUGUCUCAGGAGUCCCUGCUAGGUCAGGAGACAAAAACCGCCUCACCGUAUUCAGACCAGCAGCUCACAGGCCAAACAACGACACUAUCUGGUGCUCAGUUGCCGCCCUCGCGGUGGGAUGAGCCGUGGGUUGAGCCUGAAUUACCCCCGCCAACUCCAAGCUACAAAUUCGAUUCCAAGAAGGGGGAGAAGACUUAUCACCUCGCUAGCACUACCCCCUUAGGAGUUCUUCCGUCGAUCAGUGUACGUCGACGACUCGGUCUCAUGCCUACUGCGAAAUCUUCCACCCCGAUUCCCGCCAAGAACAACGGCACUAAAUCUGCAAAAUCAACUCCCACGGGUGACUACAGACCGGGAACUGCCUCGACUUCUGCGGAUGAGCCUGGGCCAUCAGAAAGCCCAUUCAUGCAAAGUGGGUUUCCAUCCCUUCCGAAUGGCGACAAAAGCCUAAGUCCUACACGCUCUACAAUGGGGAACAGCAACAUAGAACCGGAGAUCGCACCCGUUAACGGUCAUCCACUUACACCAACUUUACUCUUCACACCUCCUACGUUGAAAUAUCCACAAGAAAUGAUCCUAAAAGUUGUUGACAUAGCCAUUGCUCGUGCGGAGGAGCUUAAGGAUAUAAAAGUUGCCAACGGCCUAAAACAGAUCAGGGAUGCUACCGCUAAGGAUCAAUUUCUUUUCGCUGUUCUGGAGGGUGUACUCAGCAAGGAGGCUGGCCCCCAUGAGAAAUCACGCUUCCAGACUGUCAUGCGAGAUGCGGUCAGAAAAGAUCGAAGCAAACAUUCCACCCAUGAACCUAUUACGAUGACACGUACCCAGUCUUCUACUAGUACUUCGUCAUCACUAUCCUCCGCAAAAUCACUUGAUGCCGAAACCUUCGCCCCUGCAAUGACUUCCGGUCAUGCAGCCAAUUCGGCUCCUCACAAACGCAAAGGACGACGAGCGACGGGACCACACGCCAAGGGAAAGAAGCGUUCCGUUCCUGCGAGGUCUCAAUCUGUUUUCCCAUCCUUAGAAGACGCUGAUACUCGAAAACGCAGGAGAAUGGACGAUCUAGAGUACUCGGACGAAGUUCUUGCAGCUAAGCGUUUGGCGUUGAGAAAGACUUUUAACGAUUUUCCUGUCCCAGAAAGCCACAUCCGUCCUUCCAGAACCCCUGUCACUAUUAAGACUGCUUCUCCCUCACCGCAGCCAGUACCUUCAACCAGUAGCAAAAGAUCAAGAGAGAUAUUUGAGUCCAGUGAAAGUGGAGAUGAAGUUGAAGUUGCUCCCGCCAUUCCCCAAAAACCUCCCAAGAGAACACGGAAAUCGGUAGCGCCGCCGGAUGAAAUCGAUAACAUUGAUUUUUGUCGUCUGUGUAACGGUAGUGGCCAGCUUCUGUGUUGUGACGGAUGCAUUGACUCGUUCCAUUUCGAAUGCUUGGCGCCGCCCAUGGAUCCCAAAUCACCACCUGAGGGACAGUGGUUCUGCCCUACUUGUAGGGUAAAGGGGACGUUGGGCCCCUUGAUAGAAACGGUGGAGAACAUGCCACCGAAGAACUACGAGCUACCACCCGAGAUCCGCGAAUUUUUCGCGGGAGCGAAAACGGGUGAAGAUGGGGCGUACAAAGCAGUCCCCAUUCUUCCGAAAGGCGGUAGUCGCACUCGAGGGAAUCGCACGGGUCGUCCCGAGGACCGUAACGCCUUAUUAAGACUUACUGAUGCCAAGGGAAGGCUCAUCACCUGCAUUAGGUGCGGCCUGACGUCCAACGGGCGUCGGCCAAUCAUCCAGUGCGACUACUGUCCUUGUUCGUGGCAUUUGGAUUGUCUCGACCCGCCGCGGUCCAAUCCGCCCCCACAGGUGCCCGGGAGCGAGAACCGGGCCCUUCAUUGGAAAUGCCCGAACCACAUCGAUCACGACCUGGCUAGCCUAGGUGGCCUCGGGGGGGGACGUUUCGCACAGAUUCGUCGCCCGCGCAACCCGAAGUUCAUCGACAUCGAAAUCUUGCCCAGCGACAGCGAGGCGGAGCGCUUCAGCGAGCAAGAGAUAGCUGGGGCCGUGUAUCGUGUGCCGGAACGCGGCGUAAUUAUGGAUUUCGUCAGUCGCGUUAAACGCGGUUAUGCGGAAGCCCAGGCUCUAGCGGCUAUCAAGGCCGCUGCGGCUCGAACCGUCCGGGUUACAGCCACUCCGGUGGCGCCGGGGCGUCUUUCGAACGCUCAGGGUGCGGAGGACACUGUAUCCUCCAACGGUUCUACCCAGGAAGCUGUCAUGGUUUCAGGGGCUCAGAACUUGGGGAACAAUACGGAUGCGGAUGCAGAUGCCGCUUUGUCCCUCUUGGCACCGGCUGAGCGCGACGCUGUUAUCGCCCUCGGGGGCAUGGCGGCAGUUACUCAGUCGGCUGCGCUCGCGUACCCUGAGCGGGCUGCACAGCUGGUCAACCAGCUCCUUGCGAACGUUCCGGAGAGCGCUCGCAAGGACACUGACGAAAUCAAUCUUCUCCGGGCCAUCCAGGACCUGGCCAAUCAACGCAUCCAGGCGUUGACCUCGGACUCCGCCACCACUAACUAG